GGCUCCAGUUACAGCCCUAUAAAGGGUGACCAGUUGCAGGGCUGGGAGGAGCUCUUAGCAGCCUUGCAGCCAUGGGGAGAAGUGCUUUUGCCCUGGUCCUUGUCCUUGCCCUGGCAGUGUGUGUUGCCCCUGUGGAGAGAAAGUGCCUUCUCUCUGGGUCGUGGCGGUGCGACACCGGCUGCCGGAUGGUUGUGUACACCUUGGACAAGGACGGCAGAUUCUCCGGUUUUUACCUGCCGAGACCUCCUGCUGGUGACUCGCAGCUCCUCACCUCACCACUGGAGGGGUCCCAGCAAGACAUAGGGCUGGUCCCGCAGCCCAUCUUCUUCUUCACCGUGAACUGGCGGCUCCGAGACUCAGAGGCUGCCCGGACAACUGUCUUCCUGGGCCAGUGCUAUGUGGACACCAAGGGGGAGGAGACCCUGCAUGCUCUGUGGCUCCUGCGAGAGGCAGCCGACAGUCCUGCAGAGGACUGGAAAGCCACCCGGAUUGGCACCAGCAUCUUCACACGGAUAAAAUAACAGCAAGUUGGAAAAUCCAUCAGGCUCAGAACAUCAGGGAGUCCCUAGGCAGACUUUGCCUGCACUGACAUGCUGCACUAGAGCAGCUCUCAGCCCAGAGGUUCAUGCUUUCUUAGGCAAGUUCACCAGAUGCAAAAUAAAGGGUUUCUGUGGGGA